AUGAAAACAUCGACAGCCCUUUCCGUUCAUCAUCAACUUCAUAACAAACAAGUGGGUGAUUUCAUAGAUCUUCCCUCCGUGUCAUAUCCCAUCUUGUUACGAUCUUGUAAUCAAUGUAAAUAUACAUUUGUUGAAAACAUUUGUUUCAUUGAACAAAAUCCCAAAUCCAAUUCCGAGUAUGGAACACGGGCCUCUCAUCACGGUGAGAAGAUUACAUGGAUGGUCAUGGGCACACAAUGGGGACUCAUCAUUGGAGACUCGAUUGAAACAUCUUGUCAAGCUCUCGAUUGCCACACAACCAGUUUUGUCAAGUUGGAUGACACGACCAUUAUGAACAUUCAUCACUCUCUUCAUAAUUCCACACAUAAACAAGUAGAAAUUGAAGGUCAAGUGUUUGAAAAGAAGACGAACAAGCAAUGUCACUAUUUUGAAAUCAAUGGAACCAAAUUCAUGCAACAAAACAAACAAAAGAAUUCAGAAUAUGCCAAGAAGGCAAAGAAAGGACACAAAAUUACUUGGGUGAUGGUUUCCAAUGUUGCUGGUUUUAAAGGUCAUAAAUCAUGGGGUCUCAUUGUGGAUGAGGUCAUUGAAAAGGAUUGUUUGAUUUUUCAAAGGAAUACAAGUGAGACAACACCAUCAUCCACCAACCACAACCACAAUUCCAUUCAGACACUUGAUCAUUCCUCUCAUGAAGAACAUGAGAAUUAUGGUCUUGAGGCUCCAUCGACUCCAGUCAAGUCAUCCAAAGUAGAUUCUUCAUUGUUGAAGAGAAGUUUGUCGAAUAGCUCUCCAAGUUUGUUUGCAUCACCGUCGUCGUCGUUGUCAUCAUCUACAGAACAAGUACACUCCACACGACCCUCUGAUUGUUGUUCGAAACUACAAGCUUCUCCCUUCUCUUCCUCUGAUGCUUCACCCAUUCCAGUACGCUCUCGUAAAACAAGAACUCCAAUUAGAAAAAGAAGAAAGAAUAUCUCUUCUUUGAAUCAUUGA